GAGGAUCCGGGAAGGGUCCCCCUACGGCCACCUCCCCUCCUGGCGUCUCCUCUCCGUCAUCGUCAAGUGCGGGGACGACCUCCGGCAGGAGCUCCUCGCCUUCCAGGUCCUCAAGCAGCUGCAGUCCAUCUGGGAGCAGGAGCGCGUCCCGCUCUGGAUCAAGCCAUACAAAAUCCUCGUCAUCUCCGCCGACAGCGGCAUGAUUGAGCCGGUGGUGAACGCGGUGUCCAUCCACCAAAUCAAGAAGCAAUCGCUGCUUUCGCUGCUGGAUUAUUUCCUGCAGGAACACGGCAAUUACAACACCGAAUCCUUCCUGACGGCGCAGAGGAAUUUCGUGCAGAGCUGCGCCGGGUAUUGCCUCGUGUGCUACCUGCUGCAGGUCAAGGACAGGCACAACGGCAACAUCCUGCUGGAUGCGGACGGACACAUAAUCCACAUUGAUUUCGGGUUCAUCCUCUCCAGCUCCCCCAGGAAUCUUGGCUUUGAGACGUCCGCCUUCAAG